AGGCAGGAGUGUGUCUGUGAGAGUCAAUCUAACCCUGUCAUUCAAAACCACCAGCGUUGACUCCAGGAUGGGAGAAGACUCCUCUCACGCCGAACGAAGCACAACCACCUUACCCAGGGAGGAAAGCACCCCAACACCACCAGCUCCAGAAGCUCAGGAUGCUCAGGAUGCUCAGGACGCUCAGGAUGCUCAGGAUAUCCUCAUUCCGAGCUUCAGUCCCGGCUCGGUGCCCUCUUCCCCCGUCCACACCCUUUCCCGCCUGGGCUCCAAGACCCCGACAAGCCCCACGGCCCCUGGCGGCCAGGUCAGCGCCAUCACGGUGGUGGCUCUGCUCGACAAGCUGGUGGUGAUGAUCGAGUCGGUGCAGGAGAACCAGCGGAGGAUGGAGAAGAAGCAGGCCGAGCUGGAGGGGGCGGUGAGGAUUGUGCAGGGUGAUGUGACCCGGCUCACCAAGAGCCACAUGUCCACGGCCAACAGCGUGGCCAAGCUGCUGGAGCGCUCGCGUAAGACCGGCCUCAACGUGAAGGAGGUGAGGGAGCGCCUGGAUAGACAGAGCACCCAGGUGAAGCGUUUGGAGGCCAACCACGCCCAUCUGCUCAAGAGGAACCACUUUAAAGUGAUCAUCUUUCAGGAGGACAAUGAAAUCCCCUCCACUCUGCUUACUAAAGAUGGCCUGGCCUCCACCUCUCAGGAUGAGCUCGCUCCCUCUGCACCAACUCCGCACACUGAUUUAAACCGCUCUCAAGAUGAAGGCCUGCAGACCAUCAGCCUCUCCUCCGAUGACGACGAGGAAAAAGGAGCAACGAGCCCCCUGGCAGAGGGAGGUGAUGAUUCUAUGGAUCUGCAAGAAGACAACUUCCCAGGCUUGGGAAGCGAACGUCUGGAGCGCUCUCGUGCAGACAAGUUCAAGCGUUCCAGUCUGAAGAAGGUGGAUAGUCUAAAAAAGGCCUUCUCGCGAAGCAGCAUCGAGAAGAAGAUCAACAAGAUCGUGCCUCCAGAACAGCGAGAGAAGAUCAAGAAAAGCUUCAUCCCCAACCACCCAAAGAGCUCUUCCUCAAAAAGCUCAUCCUUCCGUGUCUCUCCAAUGACCUUCAAUGUCAAGAAGGUACGAGAUGGAGAUGCUGACUCCUUCCAGCAGCCUGAGACCUCACCCAGGAACCUCAGCCAAGUGGAAGUUCCCGACAUUGGGGGAUCUGAUGGUGAGAUGCACCUGGCUGAGUUACACUCCUCAGGAGAGAAAGCAAAUGGAGCUGAUCUUCACAGCCCCUCCACCCCUGGCAGUGGGGAUGGAGAGGUGUUUGUUACAGAUGAGGGUGGAGAUCUCGAGAAUGGUCCAUCUGUGACUCUGGCUGAAGCGGAAGUGGAUAAAGAAGAUGAUGACAGUGAUGAUAAUGGUGAAAACGGCAAAGAGGAAGAGGAGGAGGAGAAAGACGCAAAACCUGCAGAAGAAGCGUCCGUGUCUUCACCCUCGACUGCAGCUACUGUUGAACUAACUUCUUAGAUAUACAGUUAAAGUCAAAAGUUUACAUACACCUUGCAGAAUCUGCAAAAUGUUAAUUAUUUUACCAUAAUAAGAAGUAUCAUACAAAAUGCAUGCUAUUUUUUUUGUACCGACCUGAAUAAGAUUAUUUCACAUAAAAUAUGUUUACAUAUAGUCCAGAAGAGAAAAUAGUUGAAUUAAAAAAAAGACCCUGUUCAAAAGUUUUUUUCAGUGAUAGUUAAACUGCCCACUGUUCUUCAGAAAAAUCCUUCACAUCCUACAGAUUCUUUGGUUUUUCAGCUUUUUUGUGUAACUGAACACUUUCCAACAAUGACUGUAUAAUUUUGAGAUCUAUCUUUUCACUCUGAGAACAACUGAGGGACUCAUAUACAACUAUUACAGAACAUUCAAGCAGACAGUUCUGAUGCUUCAGAAGGAAAACCGAUGCAUUAAGACCCAGGGGUGUAAACUUUUGAACUGAAUGAGAAUGUGUACAUUUUUCUUCUUUUGCAUAAAUAUCAUAUUUUUUCAUUAAGUACUGCCCUUCAGAAGCUACAGAAGAUACUUACAUUUUCCCUAGAUGACAAAAUUAGUUAAAUUUGCCCUUACCUUCAAGUUUAAAAAGUCCGUCAGCUGUCCUCAGUGUGAAAAGAUGGAUCCCAAAUCAUUGUUGGAAAGGGUUCAAAUACACAAAAAUGCUGAAAACAAAUGAAUUUGUAGGACCUGAAGGAUUUUUUCUAAAAAAACAGCAUGCAGUUUAACUGUUCAGGACAAACAAGGGACUCAUGAACAACUAUCACUAAACAAACAAAAAAAGACACAGCUGUGGAUCAUUCAGGUAACAAAGGGUGUAACAGGAAUCAAAGGGGUGUAAACUUUUGAACAGGGUCAUUUUUAUAAAUUCAACUAUUAUUUUCUCUUGUUUUUAUAGAUAUCUUAUACAGGUCAGUACUAAAUAAAAAUAACAUCCAUUUUGAGUGAUCCCUCUUAAUUUGGUAAUUAACCUUUUGCAGAUUCUACAGGGUGUAUGUAAACUUUUGACUUCAACUGUAGUUGUGUUUCUAGCCCUCUUGACUUCAAUCCACUUCUGAGACUAUGGGAAGUGUAGUUACUCCACUGAUAUCUUGUCCCCAAGCUUGUGUAAUGUUAGCAUGUCUGCUAAAAUAACGUAUUGGCCUGAAUUAACCCCUUAUAUAAUGUAACUAUAACCUUUUGUGUUAAGUUCAGAAAUUAAGCAUGUUGUUGUAAGAGGAAAUUCCAUUUAGAUUCCAGUUCAAAUAGAUUCUGUAUAAAAGCCCAGAGAAUGGUACAACAGUUCAGACCACUGUCACCACAAUGAUACACCGAAAUAGCUAUAUUUUCCUGUGGGAGCCUGUGAAUACCAUGAAAUUGACUGAACUGAAAUGCCUGAACUCUCACUCUCCAUCUUUUUUUCUUUGUGUGUAGGAGAGGCAAUGUGUGUGCCAAUCUCUCCUUUGUUAUGCUGGACUCCAGAUUCUUUUCUAUCAGUGUACAUAAGAUUUAGUAUUAAAUCGCUUACAAAAAAGUACUAUGGUAGUAUUAUGGUUUUUGGAAACGGUUUUGAUAUAUGGCAUGGUAUUGUUAAAAACCAUUGUAUAUUAACAUGGUAAUCAUCAAAUAUAUAGAAACAACAUGGAACAUCAUUACUGUACCAUUGUACCACCACAGUACUUUUGUACAGAAUGAAACAGACGACUACAAAAGACAAGAGGUGUAUGAGAUGUUGACAAAGUUAUGUGUUUUGACGUUUUUAGAACUUGUAUUAAAAUCUUAAAA